AUGGAGACUGUCAUUGGGAUUGAUGAUGGGAAUCAGUCUGUUUCUAAUGCCUUGGCAGAACUAGAUCCUUCUUUUCUGAAAGAAAAUCCGCUACUAGUGAAUGCAUAUACAAAAAUUAAAUGGGAUGACACUAAUUCUUUAAAUGCACUUAUAUCUGCUGUAGAACAAAUUGUUGUGAAGUACAAGGACCCUAAUGUUACCAUUAAAGGGACUAUUGAGAAAAUUUACGAUCAGCUUUUGGGCAAAUAUCCACUUUUCUUUGGUUAUUGGAAAAGAUUUACGGCUGUGGAAUACCAGCUGUUUGGUCUACAGAAGUCUAUCGAUACAUUAACUAGAGCAGUUGAGACUUUUCCGACUUCCAUAGAGCUUUGGUGUGAUUAUCUAAACGUUCUCUGUGCCAAUAAUCCUAAUGAAAUAGAUUUAAUAAGAAGAAAGUUUCGCACGGCCAAAAGUUUGGUAGGAUACCAAUUCUUAUCGCACACAUUUUGGGAUAAGUACAUUGAAUUUGAGACUAAGCAUGAGGAGUGGGGAAAUUUGGGUAAUAUUUAUCAAGAAUUGGUCACCAUAGCGUUGCAUCAGUAUGCCAAGUACGGCGCUGCAUAUAAGGCAUACCUUCGAAGUGGAAAUGCGGCCUUCCAAGAUCCGGAUGUAGAUGCCAAGCUAAGAAAGACCCAAAAUUUAGUGAAUGCGAUCUGGCCCUUUGAAUCUAAAAUCAAACAGAGUUUCUUUAACCUAACGCCCGUGGCUCAAACGGAAUUACAAAAUUGGGAUCAAUACCUUGAUUUCAUCCUAUCAAAUCGACAAAAAUUCAACUUUACCAAUCCUUUCAUAAUUUCAGUGUUCGAAAGAUGCCUUAUACCGUGCUUCUAUUAUGAACAUUUCUGGAUAAGAUACGUUAGUUGGUUUGAAGAUUGGGAAGAGCUCCCUCAUGUAGUGGAGUUAUACCAAAGAGGUUCUGCAGUGUUGCCAUUGAAUUGUAAGACCUUCCGUAUCAGAUUUCUAGGUUUUUUGAAAAAAUCUUUUAGAAUUAACAAGGAUUACGUUUAUUCCCUAUUCGAAGAGACAGCAGCUUCAUAUAUGGAACGUUUCCCCAGUGAUGCAUUUAUCAUGACAGACUACUUGGCACUACUGAAAAGACAUCAAUUUUUAUCAUCGAUUGAUCAGAAUGAUGAAGAAAUUUUACAAAAACAGGUCUGUUAUGCGAAGUAUCUGGAAACUGCUAUAACGAAUUAUUUGCAAUCAAAGAUAGCCAAAGACAUACCCUUGCAAGAGAUGUUAAAUGAUAUCAAUAUACCAAUUGUCGUCGUAGAAUUGAUCAAGAUAACUUGGUUGGUAUUGAAAAAUACAAUGCAAGCGAGAAAGUAUUUCAUAUUUUACAGUAAAAAUCCUCUGAUGAAGUCUUCUGUCACAUAUUGGUUGACAUAUUAUAAAUUUGAGAAGUGGUGUCAAAACUAUACCAAAUUGAAUAGAUUCAUUAACGACUUAGGCACAAAAAUAUUUUUACCAACGGCAAUUGUGAAUGAUCUUCUGGAGGAUUACCGAAAUUUUUAUUUGGCCAAUUCUAAUGUGAUGCAUUUUCAAAAUUUCGUACAAAGCACAAAUGAACGUAAAGAAAUGGAUCCAAUUCUCCUGACAGAAUUUAAAAUGAAUGAUCCGAAUUGGCUCCCGGGUAUUCAUCGGGAAUCAAACGAUUGGCAUAAGACGAGAGAAUUUAGAGAGAAUGGUCAUCCAGGUAUUAUCGAUGAAAGGCCUCAAAUUACAAAUCUCAUUUGUCAGUAUAAAUCCAAAUUUUUUGAUAAUCAACCUCCAUCAAUACCUGCAUUCAGAAAUUUGGAAAAAAUCAACCAACCUUUGAAAUAUAAUGACUACCUCACCAAAGAAUACUUAGGAAUAGGUGAUUAG